AUGGCCGAGCACCACCUCCCGCCGGAUCCCAAAGACUACCACCACAGAGGCGGGAGGAAGGGCGUCCACACCGACGACCUCUCCCGCGGCCGCUGCUACAGCUACUACUACGGCUGCGGCGGCGGCGGCGGUGGAGGUGGCGGGCGCGCCCUCUGCUUCGCCUUGCUCGUGCUCCUCCUCGCGGCCGGCAUCACCUUGCUAGUGCUCUACGUGGUGUACCGCCCGUCCCACCCCAGCCUCGCCGUCACCUCCGCCGCCGUCCUCGCCCUCUACAACGCCACCGCCAACACGGCGGGUGGCGCCACCGCGCUGGCCGCGUCGUUCCAGUUCACGCUGGUGCUCCGCAACCCGAGCGCGCGGUCCGCGGCGCGGUACGACCGGCUGGCCGCCUACGCGGCGUACCGCGGGGAGCCCCUGACGCCCGCGACACCCAUGCCCCCGCUGGCGCAGGACGCCGGCACCGCCGUGGAGGUGGCGGGGUGGCACUCGAUGUACGCGCGCUGCGACCUGCUGCUCGGCGUGCGCAAGGCGGUAGGGAACAACGGCGCCGGUGGCGGGCCCCAGCAGGCGCCGCUGCUUGGCGACCCCGCCUGCAACGUCGACAUGUGA